AUGGAGGACAAGAAUUCUUUGAAUCUUGAAGCUGAGGGAGACUCUCCUCUACCUGUGAUGCCAGAAGCAAUUCCAGCCCAGAUUUUAAUUGAGGUGCAGGGGGGACAUCAUGGAGCUCAUUCUUCUUCUCCGGAUAUGGGCGGUCAAGGAGCUCCAGUUUUGAACUCCACUGCUCACGAUGCGACAGUUCUGGGAGAAAGUGCACUUGAAUAUCCAGAUCCCAUGAUACCACUCCAAGAUGUUGUCGCCUACGCUCAGCCAUUCCUCGAUCUGAUCACAGAACAGAAUCGUCUCAACCUAGCCGUCAUUAAUGCCAACAAUGCUCUGUUGGAGACGGUGAAGAAACUAAUGAGCGAGAGGAACGGAGAAAAGGGAAACCAAAACACUUUUCCCAUCAACUCACUAUUCCUUCCCACUCCGGUUUCGACUCAAUUCAGCCCAUCUGGUCUCUCCCACUUCGAGAUAGCAAUGAAAGUUUGGAGUGCGUGGGAGCACAAGUACGAGCAACUACCACCACUUGACCUCUCCGUCUUUCUAUUCAAUCCGGAUGGAAAUAAGCAGAUUCCACAAUCCGUCCGUAAGGUGUCCAAUCGAUUCCGCCUGUUUCAGCUCCACCGAAAGUCAAUGGACAUCAAUGACAAUUCAUUAAAUGCCUGGAACUUUUUGAAUGAUGCUGGAAAAGAUGAAUGGGGAAGAAUGGCGUACAUCAUCGGAACUUGGCAAGAGGAGCAAGAGAAGUUAGGGUUGAUUCAGCUCAUAACGGUGGGAUCGCAUCCCAGAACUGCUAAAGAGAAAUAA